GGGAGGCAUUACUCUGGAGCGAACAAGCAGAUCCCACAAAUUUCGAGACAACAUUAUGGCCACGUGCUGCAGUUACCGCUGAAAUUCUCUGGUCUGGGAACUAUGAUAGUACUGGCGCAAAGCGAGAUGUCAAUGAAGCAUUGCCGAGAUUGACAGAGUUUAGGUUUAGAUUGGUUGGGAGAGGUAUUCGUGCAGAACCGCUGCAGCCAUUAUGGUGUGCACGAACCGGAACUUGUGAUCGUCCAUAA